AUGGGCAGAGCUCCAUGUUGUGAGAAGACGGGGAUGAAGAAAGGGCCAUGGAGUCUGGAAGAAGAUCAAAUAUUGGUCUCUUUUGUCCUUCAACAUGGCCAUAGUAACUGGAGAGCACUCCCAAAGCAAGCUGGUCUCUUGAGAUGCGGAAAGAGUUGCAGACUUAGAUGGGUGAACUAUCUUCGACCCGAUCUAAAGCGAGGAAAUUUCACCAAAGAGGAAGAAGACACUAUUAUCAACUUGCAUGGAAUGCUUGGCAAUAGGUGGUCUUUAAUUGCGGCAAGAUUGCCCGGAAGAACAGAUAAUGAGAUCAAGAACGUGUGGCACACUCACUUGAAGAAGAGACUCAAAGAUUACCAGCCGACAGAACUGUUGAAACCCGGAAACAAGAAGAUUUCUAACAAAUCCAACCCCGAAUCUUCGACCAGCGAAUCAGAACAUGACCCUUACAGCUGCUCGCUCUCACGUUCGUCUUCGACCAGCGACAUUUCUUCUGCAACACUAAUGGGCAGUGAAUUUGAAAACAAGAAGGAGACCGAAUCACGGGAAGGUAACGGCAUCGAAGAUUGUUAUUCGUUUGAGGAUUUCGUUGCAGAGAUUGACGAGAGUUUCUGGGACGAGGCAUUGUACAACAACGGUCAGAAUUCAGAAUUCGGUUCAAUGGAUCCGGAAAUAAGCUUUGAAGUGAAGGGUUUUGAUGAAUUAUUACCACAACAGAUUCGGUUCGGUCCGGCCGGUAAUCUGAACGAUUUCGCUCAGAGUACGGAUGAUGACGGGAUGGAAUCCUGGUACGACAUGUUGGCUAGAACUGGCGGUGACCUAAAAUUGCAGGGCCUGUAAAGGUUUCUUGAGGGACAAGUAACAUCUGAAUCAUUAGGACAAGAGAGUGUUGAAGCUAAAGAGACUCUAGCCAUUAGUGUCUCCACUUUAGGAGAUUUCACUAGAAAAUUUGAUUUUGUUUUUUGU